AUGAGCUUGAAAGAAGUAUUCGAACAACAUCCAUGGAGGUCAUUUAAGAAGUUCAAUGAAGCUGCAAAGAGUUGGGGAUUUACUAACAGAGCUGAAGUGAAAAGGUUCUUUGACAAAAAUGUUGUACAUCAAACAAAAAUAAACCCUUACGACUACUUUUUACCAAUUUACUCCAACACUCCUGACGCAUACCAAUUUGACACUCUCAUUCAAAGCAGAAAAGGAGGACAUAAACCAUUCCUCAUCUUCAUUAAUGUUAACACUCGCAAAGCAUAUGCAUAUCCAAUGAAAAAUAAAGGAACUCGUGAAGUGUUAAGAGUUUUACAAAAGUUUGUAGCAGAACAUAG